AAAUCCUGGAUAGAAAAUACUUUCACAAAGAGGGAGUGUGUGUAUAUUAUACCAAGUUCGAAAGACCCCCACAGAUGCCUUCCAGGAUGUCAGAUUUGUCAGCAACUUGUCAGGUGCUGCUGUGGCCGCUUGGUCAGACAACACGCUUGUUUCACUGCCAGUCUGGCGAUGAAAUACUCCGAUGUGAAGCUGGGUGAAAACUACAAUCAGGAAAUAGAAGAAUGGUCAGUGGAAAAACACACAGAACAGACCUCUACUGAUGCUUAUGGUGUCAUCAACUUUCAAGGUGGCUCUCAUUCUUACAGGGCUAAGUAUGUGCGAUUGUCAUAUGACACUAAGCCUGAAGCUAUUCUGCAACUUAUGCUUAAAGAAUGGCAGAUGGAAUUGCCAAAGCUUGUCAUAUCUGUCCAUGGGGGCAUGCAGAAAUUUGAACUUCACCCACGCAUCAAACAGUUGCUUGGCAAAGGUCUUAUCAAAGCUGCAGUAACCACAGGAGCCUGGAUUAUAACUGGAGGAGUGAACACAGGUGUUGCAAAACAUGUUGGCGAUGCUCUAAGAGAACACGCUUCCAGAUCAUCUCGAAAGAUUUGCACUAUUGGGAUUGCUCCUUGGGGAGUGAUUGAAAACAGAAACGACCUUGUUGGAAGAGAUGUGGUUGCUCCAUAUCAGACCUUGUUAAAUCCAUUAAGUAAACUAAACGUCCUAAAUAACCUCCAUUCCCAUUUCAUUCUGGUGGAUGAUGGAACAGUUGGAAAGUAUGGAGCAGAAGUUAAACUGAGAAGAGAACUGGAAAAAACUAUUAAUUUGCAGCGGAUCCAUGCAAGAAUUGGCCAAGGUGUGCCUGUGGUGGCACUUGUGUUUGAAGGUGGCCCCAAUGUCAUCCUCACAGUUCUAGACUUCCUUCAGGAGAGCCCUCCGGUGCCUGUGGUGGUGUGUGAAGGAACUGGCAGAGCUGCAGAUAUCCUGGCCUAUGUUCACAAGCAAACAGAGGAGGGGGGGUAA